AUGAUCAUCCAAGUUCUCAACUCAUCUGAAUCUCUAUGGAUCCCAGUUUUCUCUCUUAACGACAAAGUUUAUCAAUCCCCAACCUACUUACUAUUCGGUGCAUUUCUCAUCUUUUUCUAUGCCCUCAUUGCCUACAUAAUCAUCAGAACAUGCACUAUUUUCCUGUCCAUAAAAGUGUUCCAUGAGAAUAUGAACGUGUUGAUGGCUUGGUUUUUACUUCAAUGGUUCGAAGCAAUUAUAGCCAAAAUGGUGAUAAUUCCCUAUCAGAUCGGAUUGAUAUCAAUUGGUGUGGAUCCAGCGAAAACAUUCUGUUCUUGGUCGAGUUUCGAGAAAGAUGAUAUAUUGAUUGUCCGGGAUAAAAAUGAGAUAAUGCCGUUGUAUGUGGCAAGUUUCUUCCUGUGGCAUUACAUGGCAUCAAUAUUGUUUGCCAUUGUAGCAAUUACGAUUGAGAGAGGAUGUGCUACUUAUUUUAUAGAAGACUACGAAAGCAAGAACCGUCGAUGGAUAUCUGUCCUUCUUAUCAUUAUCACAAACAUCAUAACAAUCCCUUACUCAUAUUAUAUCCUCCAUAACAGUCUAUCUCUUCUUCUCUCUUACAGCCAAGGUGUUGCUAAUGGAACAUUUGUUUUCGUUGGUUAUCUUAUGUUAAUGAAAGUGAAUUUAUACUGGAAAAAGAAGAUGGGUAGUCAUGACAACCAGAAGUAUUCCUUAGGAAGAAAAUUUCAAAUUGAAGAAAAUCUUAGAAGUUUACAGCUCGCGAAGAGAUUAGUUACCGCUUCACUGACCUAUAUCGCAGUGACCGUGCUAAUUCUGAUCUUCUCUACUUUGAAUAUUAUAUCUCAGUUUGGAAUUGUUUAUGUCCAUUAUCUGGAUAAUUGUAUUUUAUUAGCUGCAUUCGUGAUGAGUACGACUCUUCUGUUCUGCUCACAAUCUUGGAAAGAGAAAUUCAAGAAUGACAUUCCAUUUUUCCGGAAUUUUAUAAAUUCCCGAGUUUCUAAUUCUCAUCUUUUGCAUCGAGCAUUCUCAAAUAAGGAAUCUGAAGCGUAUUUCGAACAAUUGAAAAGUGCUUGGGCGUGA